CAUCUUCAUCCUGCUUCAACGGUCCAUGUUCCGUUACUGUACACAGGAGCCUCCUUCAUCUCUCAUUUCUUAAAUCCAUUCCUCCUUAUUUUCCUCUUCUCAACUCUCUCUCUCUCUCUCUCUCUCAAAAAGCGCCAUUGCUAACUGCUUAAGCUUGCCAUCUCCAUUGAACUUUCCACCCGAAAGCAAUGCCAUCUGAGGGUUCAGAGUAAGAGUUAUUGAAGCCACUGAACAUUUGUUAAAGUGAAAGGGAUGUAUAAGAUGAAGAAAGGACUAGGUUGCUGCACCAGGGGAAGGAAAAUUAGCAUUGAUCAUGAUCAAGAAAGAAUCAUGACAUAUAAGGGUCUUGAGAGUUGCAUUCUAAAUAACCAGUCUUAUGAAGAGGAGAGCAGAACUAGUAGAGGUGAUGGAGGCAUAACUGAUUCAUUUGAUGAAGAUGACUCAAGUUGUUCUUCAAGCAAGGAUGCUUUUGGAUCAUUCUCUUCAAAAUGUUUAACAAUGAAAAGGGAUGAUGAACAAGGUCUUGAAGAAUGGGAACUCUCGGAAAGUCCUCAACAAUUUUAUGUUAAAGAGAAACCUUCUUAUGCAAUCCAACAUUCUGAUAUUGAAGCCAUGAAGGAAAAGUUUUCAAAGCUAUUACUUGGUGAAGAUGUUACAGGAGGAACUAAGGGCAUCACUACCGCUUUGGCACUGUCUAAUGCCAUCACAAACCUAGCAGUUACUGUUUUUGGUGAGCUGUGGAAAUUGGAACCUUUAUCUGAAGAAAGGAAGUGCAAAUGGCGAAGAGAAUUGGAUUGGUUACUGUCUCCUACUAACUAUAUGGUGGAGCUUGUUCCGGCUAAGCAAAACAAUGCUAAUGGCCGGAUCUUUGAGAUCAUGACACCGAAAGCCCGAGCAGACAUUCACAUGAAUCUUCCGGCACUCCAGAAAUUGGACUCUAUGCUUAUCGAGGCACUUGAUUCAAUGGUGAAAACCGAAUUUUGGUAUGCAGAGGGAGGAAGCCAGACCGAAGGGAGAGACACGAGUGAGCGGCAUAGUAAAAGAUGGUGGCUUCCAUCACCUCAGGUGCCAAAAACUGGCCUUUCUGACACCGAAAGAAAGCGUCUGGUUCAUCAAGGAAGGGUGGUACGUCAAGUAUUCAAGGCUGCCAAAUCUAUCAAUGAAAAUGUGUUGCUUGAAAUGCCGGUGCCAACCGUUAUUAAAGAUGCACUUUCAAAGUCAGGAAAGGCAAACCUUGGACAAGAACUGCACAAGGUUUUGACAACUGAAUCAAGUUGUGGCGAUGACAUUCUUAAAUCUCUGAAUUUGAAAUCUGAACAUACGGCCCUCGAGACCAUUAAUAAACUGGAAGCUGUUAUAUUUUCAUUGAAAGAGAGAACUACGGAACAAGUCACCGGAAAAUCACCCGUUCGAACGUCGUGGUCAUUUGUGAAGGGCCCUUUGUCAGAAGUUGAUAAAAUAGAGUUAUUAUUGGACCGCGCCGAAACACUAUUACAGUUGCUUAAAAUCAGAUACCCCAACCUUCCUCAAACAUUUCUCGAUGCUGCUAAAGUACAAUACGGCAAGGAUAUUGGACAUUCGAUUUUGGAAGCUUAUUCCAGAGUUCUUGGAAAUUUAGCAUUCAGCAUAUCAUCUAGAAUAGGAGAUAUAUUGCAAGAGGAUUCUCUAAGCAAUUCUGAUUCACUAAGUUCAUCUCCCGGAACAAAUAUCUCUGAAACUUGGAUGACGGAUUCACAUAUUAGGCAAUCCUUACUUCAAAAGAUGAACAAAGCAGAUGGACAAUGUUGUGACAGUACUUCAGAUUUAGAACAUGAAUCUCUUGAUGCCAAAUCCAAUGAUGUAAUAGCAGCUACACCAAGCAGGAGUAGUGUUUGGUGCAUCAGUAGAGAAGCUUGUGCAAGUUUGUCUACUCCAAAUUCUCCAUAGAGGGUUAUUUAUUUAUUUUUGAUAUUAGAUUUGUAAAUGUUAUUUAUAUUAUUGUAUCGCGGGUUUGAAUAUAUAGAAGCAAACUGAUCCGUUUGCCUUCUCAUAUUUUUUUAAUUUUAGGAUCUGAUAAUAUGUUAGACAUGAAUUUCUUCAUUGCCGAUGAAGAGAAAAUGUUGGAGAAAAUGAAAGUUAGAAACGGAAAUAGAGAAGCAAACUGAGUAUUAUUAUCAAAAUCAUAUAUUGAUUAAUUA